UACGGUGUUCAGUCUAUUUGUAGUGAAUUAACUACACCUUUUCAGCACCUACAAAAGACAUAUCUCCCGUGGAUCUCGGAGAUCCCUCUUUCUCGGGGUAUUUCCUGGGUCAAGUAUUCCGCUCGUUUGCUGUCAGGAAUUCAGUAGAGUGGCCUUGAAAGAAGCAAGCCUACUCUUCUUCAUGUGUAAUGCUUUCUUUAAGGAUAGAGAUCAUUCGUGAAUCUCAACGUCGCAUUUUUGCCGACGUCGGUCUCGUCGAUCAGCUCAUUCAACUCGACAAAGAAUGGCGUCAGCGUAACCCAUCUCUCCUUCUCUCUUUUUCACUUAGCACUUCGCGAUCUAGAAUUUUUCCUUGUAAACUUUUUGUGUGUCAUUCUGCUUCUUCGUUUUUCAGUUUGUAGUACAAUGUUUGGGAAGGAAAAGAGAUAGAAGUAAUGAUAACACCGUUUUUUCUUAUUAAUUUUAAUAGAGUAGUGACUAAUUUUAAGUAAAUACCACUUUAAAAAGUGACUAUCCACGCCAUUUCUACUUAUCUAGCCUGGUUCAGGAAUGAUUCCAAAUUUCCGGCUGAAGUUAACACCAGUUUUUCCCAUUUCCAAUCGGCGACGAAAUCCGAACUGUCUCAUAUUGAUGUAGCUUUCUGCAUAUUACCUCCCAUUUCAGCUGAUUGAUAAUUUUUAGUCGUAUGGAAGCUAAAUUCUUUCGCUUUCUCAAGACUGUCGGAGUUGGUUUCAAGGCUAGGGCAGAAUCCGAAGGUCGUCUCUUAUACCUAAAGCUGGGUAAUAGCCAUGAGGCUGAACUGACUGUUCCUCCUGCAGUUCGUGUGUUCUGUUUCAAACCUAAUGUCAUCUGCUGUGCUGGGAUUGACGAAGAGAGGGUACAUCAAUUUGCUGCUUCUAUAAGGAGUUGUACACCUCCUGAAGUUUAUAAAGGCAAAGGUAUAAUGUACGUUGAUGAAAUCAUAAAAAAGCCGCAGGGGAAGAAAUCAAAAUAAAGUUUAAGUUCAAAUCUUGCUAGCUGUGUCCUUCUUCAUUUAGGUGCACUAGUUACUUUUUUUUUUUUGGUUAUACAUAAUAGGGGAGCCUUGGCGUAACUGAUAAAGUUAGUUGCCUUCAUGUGACCAGGAGGUUAGGGGUUCGAACCGUGAAAAUAGUCUCUUGCAAAAAUACAGGGUAAGACUGUGUACAAUAGACCUUUAUGCUCCAGACCUUUU